AUGAGUCACGACAUACCUCAGUUCCACGCUGUCAAGGCCUUCUUCACCUUACAGUAUGCAGCUGCGAAAGGAGGAGAGACACUGCGAAAGGAGACAGAAGAAGCGUUUGCUAAGACCAACCGGGGUGCACUGGUCGAGACCGUGAACAGUUUGAUGAAAAAAACGUGCGACAUCUGUCACCCGAAAAAGUAG